AUGGACAUUCAUUCUCAUGAUGUUGAUCAAAUUCUUGAAUUAUCGGGGGAUUCCUUAACUGGAACUUCUUCUAAGAGUUUUCCAAUGUUAGAAAAUGAUAUUGUGCAGGGAAUUGAUGAUGACUUGGAGAUCAUCAUUAUAAGAUUGACAGGACGAUUGUCGGAUCUAGAGAUUGUCACAAUAUUAGGCAUGCAUGGAAUUAACAAAACAACACUCGCUAAAAAAGCUUACGAUCAGCUUACGAUCAGCUAUCACUUUGACAUUCUUUCUUGGGUUACAAUACUCAAGAAUUUAGAGGUAGAAAUGUACAAGACUCAUUUGGUUGCCAAGGCAUUUACAAAGCACCCUGGACUUAAUUAUCAUUCCACUUUUAGUCCAGUAGUCAAGCCUGCUAUUGUGCGUCUUGUCCUAACUAUCGCCACUCAACUCUACUGGCAUGCCGAUCAGUUGGAUGUUAACAAUGCCUUCUUGCAGGGUCUUCCUACUGAAGUAGUUUAUAUGCGACAGCCACCGGGAUUCGGAAACUCUGGGAGUCCUACCCAUGUUUGUUAUCUUCAGAAGCUUCAGCUUCCUAUAACUUCUGUUCCAAGUGUUCUCUGUGACAAUAUCAAUACUACUUAUAUUUGUGCGAAUCUUGUUUUCCAUAGCCGCAUGAAGCUUGUGGCCAUUGACAUCCAUUUUGUCUGUGAGCAGGUUGAGCACAAACAACUGGAAGUUGCCCAUUUACAUGUUGCUGAUCACGUUGUUGAUCUUCUUACAAAGCAUCUUCCGCGUGAAAUUUUUGGUAACUAUUUCUCCAAAUUUGGCGUAGUAAACCUGGACGCCAACUUGCGGGGGCCUAAUAACGGCUAG